UCUUUCAAAAAUUGGCAUGAAUGACAAACAUCAAGAAAACAUACACAUCAAUAUAACAUUGCACGACAUAGGCCUACAAACACAUUUGUGAGACUGGAAGUUGCAGAUUUGGUGAAUUAAGAUCAGAUAUUCGCAUGAUAAGGGCAAGAUCGAUUAUGACAGUCGUUUUGAGAUGCGCACAAGUGUCAAAUUACAAUGUACAGCAAUAACAAUAAACACUCAGUGUUGAAUUCAGGAACUAGCUGGCUACGAGUAUCUUUAACCAACCAUUUUAAUAAUUAUUUUGACAAGUCAGUGUGUAUCGAUGUGCAAGGCAACCACAUGAUUAAUUUAUACAUGUUAUGCCUUGCUGUCCAUAAAGUUGGAUAAGGCAACGGAAGAGCGCCAGCAAGCUAUGUGGGUAUGAUGACGUCAAAUUAACAUGACAGUAGAAAACGCUAGAAUAAUGUUCCUCCAACGCAGUCAUUUAGCCUUCCUAAACGGACAUUGAUAUUGCAAUAUAUUGUAAAUUGCUUCUCCCCCAAGUGUCCUCGCACACCAAGCCCAAAACACAUACAGAUCAUGCUUGCCCAAUGCCAUGUGAGACCACUGGAGUGAUCACUGCUGCCACCAGUGUAGCGGGAUAAAGUGAGACUGCCCCAGGGACUCGGACAGUGGCUCCUACGAUGCAGAGGCACGCACCUAAUGGACUGUGCCACAGAAGCUCUGGGCAGAGGCAGUGUUGUGUUCGAGACCGAUUCAAGACCAAGACCGGAGCAAAUCAAGUCCGAGUUAAGACCAGAAAAAUUUUCGGCCACGAUCGUCACAUAAAGGCAAUUUAAAAGAUUGCCCCAACAAUCGCAGCCUCAUCCUGCCAUGAGAUCACCCUAACAAUAAAUAUUGGGGUGAAGAUGGCUGCAGAGCUCUUUCCCACCAAGAAGCUGGGCCCAGCAUCCUCAACCAACACAGCUGUGCAGCAAUACCAGGAGCAGAACCGGAAUAACAACAACACCAUUCACAGCUGCAACUGGCAAGGGCUCUAUCCUACCAUCCGAGAGAGGAAUUCAGUCAUGUUCAACAAUGAGUUGAUGGCAGAUGUUCACUUUGUCGUUGGCCCCCCAGGAGGGACUCAGCAAGUACCUGGGCACAAGUAUGUGCUGGCUGUGGGGAGUUCUGUGUUCCACGCCAUGUUUUAUGGUGAACUGGCAGAGGACAAGGAAGAGAUCCGUAUCCCUGAUGUGGAGCCUCCCUCGUUCCUAGCCAUGCUGAAGUACAUCUACUGCGAUGAGAUCGACCUGUGUGCCGACACGGUCCUGGCUACGCUCUACGCCGCCAAGAAGUACAUUGUGCCCCACCUGGCUCGGGCCUGCGUCAACUUCCUGGAGACGAGCCUGAGCGCCAAGAACGCUUGUGUGCUGCUAUCCCAGAGCUGCCUGUUUGAGGAACCCGACCUAAUGCAGCGCUGCUGGGAGGUGAUCGACGCCCAAGCCGAGCUGGCGCUGCGCUCCGAGGGCUUCACAGACAUCGACUCGGUGACUCUGGAGAGUAUCCUGCGCCGCGAGACGCUCAACGCCAAGGAGAUGGUGGUGUUCGAGGCGGCAUUGAGCUGGGCCGAGGCCGAAUGCCAGCGCCAGGACCUGACGCCCACCAUUGAGAACAAAAGGCUGGCGCUGGGCAAGGCCAUCUACCUGAUCCGCAUCCCCACCAUGACGUUGGAUGACUUCGCCAACGGUGCGGCACAGUCGGGUGUGCUGACGCUCAACGAGACCAAUGACAUCUUCCUGUGGUACACGGCCGCCAAGAAGCCUGAGCUGCUGUUCGCCAGCAAGUCGCGCAAGGGCCUGGCGCCACAGCGUUGCCACCGCUUCCAGUCGUGCGCCUACCGGAGCAACCAGUGGCGCUACCGGGGCCGUUGCGACAGCAUCCAGUUCGCCGUGGACAAGCGAGUGUUCAUCGCCGGCUUCGGCCUGUACGGCUCCAGCUGUGGCUCAGCAGAGUACAGCGCCAAGAUUGAACUCAAGAGGCAGGGCGUGCCGCUGGGCCAGAGCCUCAUCAAGUACUUUUCGGAUGGCUCCAGCAGCACAUUCCCAGUGUGGUUUGAAUACCCUGUGCAGAUCGAGCCCGACACAUUCUACACGGCCAGCGUAGUGCUGGACGGCAACGAGCUCAGCUACUUUGGCCAGGAGGGCAUGACUGAGGUGCAGUGUGGCAAGGUCACCUUCCAGUUCCAGUGCUCUUCAGACAGCACCAACGGUACAGGUGUGCAGGGGGGGCAAAUCCCUGAGCUCAUCUUUUACGCUUGAGGUGUCAAACGUGAGGGAAACGUAACACUCCUUCUUUACGGUCACAGUAAAUGCACCCCUCCGGAUGUUCAGAAAGCAUAAUCUCUUAACUAGGGCUUUAAAAGUGUACCUGGUUUGGAAAAAACAAACAUCCAAUUUAUUGUGAGGGUUAUUUAGUUCAAUAUUCAAUUGCCUUAUGAGUAUGCCGGACCUAGUGUAGGACUGGGUUGAAAUGACCAAAAAAAAUCUUAUUUUAAAUGAAGGGUAGGCAUUUGUUCACAUUUAACUGUUUACUCAUUUGUUUUACUGUUUAUGACGCACAGUUCUCAUUUAACAAGAUUAUUAGUGUUGUAGGUAGCUUUUUUUGUUUUUACUUCAAUCAUUCCUAUAAUUUUAAGGAAAACACUACAACUUCAAUAUAAGGUAUUUCAACCUGUGCAAAAAUCGACGUUACUGUAGAGGAUACUUAGGGUAUAAUCAAAUAUUUUUGUAACUUGAUAAAUAGUUUAAACAUUUUUGAUGGUGCAAUUUCUAAGAUUUUCUAUUGUUAAUAUUGUUACCUCUAAGUUUCCCCUUGGGUUUUCUGUGCGAUUAAUAAACUGAGAAUAGACAUCAAACGGAAAUGUAAACCUGAGCUGAGGUUUAAGAUACUUGAGUAUGUUGCUGUCUGUGUUAGGCCCUUGUAUGUAUAUAGCUAACUAUUGUUUGCACUACUAUUGGUCCUCUUUUCAAAUGGGACAGCCUUUUUGUAUCUUGCUUCCUUGUAUACACUUUAUUUUUGACCUUGUUUUCUCUGAAAAGCAGUAUGAAGUGUCGCCGUGCUGUGAGUUUGACAGUGUCAAUGGACCUAUGAAUGUGUACUGUUGUUGCAUAUCAAAAAUAAAAUGAACCAGUUCU